ACAACCCUCUGAUGCGUGUGUUGAUAGCUUGGCACGCCACUUCCCUGGAACCGUUGCUGCUUCCAGUGUUUCCUCCUGAAGUCUUUGAUCACUACCCAGUCACCGGGCUCGAAGUGGUGUUGUGGCGCAUCAGCUGGCGUCUGCAGUACGGCUUUCCCCUGAGAGUGGAUAGCUGAGAGGGAGACUGAAAGACUUAUACAGUAGUUCAACAAAAGUCACAUACUUCAGGAUACUUGCUGCAGAGCUGACCUUCUAGGAAAGAGUUGGCAUUCCCAUGAGCAAUGGAGAAAAUCUAUGACAAUGCUGUUGAUGUCAAAACCCUAAGCUCAAGCUCAUCAACAAUACAAGAAGGUCCCAGGAGACUUCUCAGAGCGUCUGUUCUCGGUCUGGGGCUGCUGAGUGUUUUCCUGCUGGCUGGACUCAUCGGCCUCGCUGUCCACUAUCAUAACUCAGUAGGUGUUAGAGAUCAGCGGAUCAACCAGCUGGUGGACCGACUUCAGAGUUUGAUGGCAAAAACAUGUCCUGAAGGAUGGAGGAUGUUCGGUUGUUCCUGUUAUAACCUCUCUACUGAGAAAGCUUCUUGGGAACAAAGCAGAGACAACUGCAGAGCCAGAGGAGCACAUCUGGUGACCGUAGACAGUAAUAAAAAACAGGAAUUCAUCACUCGCAUGAUCAAGGAAGACACUUGGAUUGGUUUGAGUGACAGAGAAGAGGAGGGGACCUGGACAUGGGUGGAUGGAUCUCCACUGAAUCUGACGCUUUGGGAAGAAGCACAGCCGGAUAAUGGAGAAGGGGAUCGAAAGAUUGGCGAAGAGGACUGUGUAAACAUCAAUCCCUCCACCUGGUGGAAAGACCGGUCCUGUAGGAACCAUCUGCCUUGGAUCUGUGAGAAAGAAGCUUAACAUUGGUGACUGUUUGGAUACUAAACAUGCAAUCAUGCUUUUACAAUUGAGUUUAAAUCGAGUUAUUUAAAACUAUACAAAAUGCCUGAUUUCAUGAAUAAGAAUUACUUUGCUCGAAUUGAUAAAUCACAUUUAUUUAGUGUUUUUGUUUAGGAUUAAUAUCAGUAAUAAAUAAAUAGUAAUUUAAUUAGUUUUUGCCAACUUUUGUUUGCCUCAAUUAAAUUAGUAUUUGUAUUAAUCCUUUUACAUAUCUUAUGUAACGUUCUUAUGAACUGGAAAGUCAGAAAGCCCAACUGCUUCAAUUGAAAUAGAUGGCUGGAGGACUUCCUAAACAUCUUCAGUAUGGACGAAGCUGCUUUCUCCCUGUUAUAUUUGGUUAAGCCAGACAACAGGCAUUUGGAUAAGAUAAGGGCUUUCCUGGACUCAAACCAUCUCGGCUGCCAAUAAUAAAUAUAAUAAUUAUAAUAAUAUUAAUUAAUAAAUAAAGAGAAAUAAGCUAUGAAGAAACAGAAAAAUAAUGGUAAUAAUAAUGAAAGAAGUGAAAUUAAAUGGGAAAUGUAUUUAUUUGACUAUUUAUCUAUUUAUUUAUUUAUGAUAAAUGUUUUGUUUUAUAAUAAUAAUGAGGAAACAAUGAAGUAUAUCUAUAUUAUUAAGCAAAUCAUGUAUAAAUACAACGCCAUAUGCAUACAUAACAUGUAACUGACACUGUAAUCCCCCUACCCCCCCACCCUUCAUGUUAUUGUCCUGUUCUGUUUGAGCCGUGUCCUUGUCCGUAUGUUUUUGUCUUUGAAAAUGUCUAAUAAAAUGUAAAUGUUAAAUCCUUUUACCCAUCAACAUAAAAACAGCUUAUUAAAAACAUCUGCUGAUAAGCCCACAGUUCCUGAAAGUUAUAAUAUUGAAGGUGACUUAAUGAGCAGAAUAUGAUAAAAAUAAAAACUGUCAAACAUUAUUGAAUAAUUCAGACAUAUACAACAAUACUCUAGUCUCAGCAUUGGUCUAACUUGUUCAAAUGUGUAAAAUAGCCUGUGUGUUAUACAGUAUGUUUCCUAACAAUGACCUCUUGUGGCCAUGUGAGUACAAAUCUAUUGCAGGUAUUUAACAUUCAUAGGUACCAGCCACUUUGUACAUACUGUAAAAACUAGUGCUGUCAAUUAAUACAAACAUGUAUGUAUGUUUAUCACAAUAAUAAUCUGGGACUUUAACUGCAGGAUUUGCUCAUGUUUCAUUUAAAAAGUAAACUGCCUUUUAUUUGAAGUUAAUUACAGACCUUUAGUAAAUGGGCAAAUUAGAUAUAGCUAGAUCAGGAAAUGGCAACUUUCUUUGAGCAUGCAUACAAAGAUAAAAACCGUAAAAAGAUAUUGUGGGUGUCUUACAUGUUCUCUGACAAGAUAAAGCUCUUCCACUUCAACAAACUGCUGUUAUCAGAUAAAAAGCAGCUUUACCACUUCACCUUUUUUUCUCAAAGUGAACAACUCCUCCCUGAAAGUUGUCUUUGAAAUUAUGUGUACUUUUUAUAUUUAUGAUCAGCGGCAGAGUACUUCAGAGGAAAGGCAUUUGUGUUUAUCAGCAUUUAAAAUUAAUAUCCCUGCUUUCACAACAAUGUCAUGCUAUUCUCUUUGUAUUAACCAGUAAAACAGAUCUAUACAGGAUCAAUACAUUUAGAAUAUUAUUCAUCUGUAUGGCUUUGUAAGAUGAUAUGUCUCUAUUUAACACAAUGGACUUGAUUAUCUCUUUAUUGUCAAUGUGCUUUGGCAAUAGUAUGUUUUUAAUAUGGGCAUGUCAAUAAAGCUUAUUUGAAUUUG